CCCUUGUGAUAUUCGUCCUGGCACUUCCAUGAUUAUUCUUUGCUAAUAAGUAUCCGGAUGUUUGUUGUGGCCUUCCUUUCGAAUUCUCCUAUACGAUCGAGAAAAUUCGUAAGGUAGAUAAGUUUAGGGUUUUCAUUCUGUUCCUCUCUCUCCUUAUAGACGAAACAGUGAUGUUAGAAGCUGUAAUCCCACUCAAGGAGAAGCAGGAGUUAGAGAUGAAAUAUGGUCUUCACAUUCACAUGGAUUCUCUUAAGCUUGCUUGUGAUAUCGUUGUGAGAUAUUCUGACGCUUUCUUGUCCAACGAAGGAGAAGCAGAUGGCUGCAGCCCAAAGAUGAUGGUGCUUUUGCAAAAGAAGGCAGUUGAGCUGCUGCAUGGAGCCUGUGCUAGAAUGAGACAUGAUCUUGAUGUAAAUGUGGAAGAGAAUAGCCUGGAUGAAGCUGAAUACUUGCUUUAUCGCACUCUUCUUGAGUUAAAUGAAACCAAAAGAGAGAAGGAUUUGGGCAGUCAAAGUUGGAUUCCUCGUGUAGAAGAAGAAUAUGUUGGUUUAAGGGAUUUCUGGGAUGGAUUUGCGGAAAAGUGGAAGCCACUACUGAUGCAGCAGGGAUCAGCAGAAAGAGCUCGAGAAAUUUUCAUCAUGGAACAGUUGCGCUCAGGGCUAGUCUCAUAUUUGCAGGAGGUGGAACCUGCUAAGAAGAGCUUUCAAUUUUCUUCGGUGGUUCUAGACCUAAGUGACGAUUUAUCUUCCCUUUUUAAUUCAACUUGCAAAUGCUUCAAGGAAAAUGCAACUGUUAAACCAUUUACUGUUGCAGAGGUGGCGAGCCACAUGAUCAGCGCCCCUGCUUCAUGGCUCCUUAAUUCUUCAAAGCCGCCACUGCAGGGUAUUGGACAGAGAUUGCGGAAGAGGUUUGGUGGACAAGAUCAUGUUAUUGAUGCAGUCACCAAUGCCUUGUUGAGGUGUCAGCCUCAUGAAAGCGGGCAUCGCCCUAUUGGAUCAUUUCUCUUCUUCGGUGGUGCUCCUUAUGGCAGGCCAGAGUUUAUUGAAGCUCUCACCGAAGAGCUGUUUGACAGCAAGGACCUGCUGGUAAGGUUUGAGAUGUCAGAUUACAGCGAUUCACACUGUUCUCAGUGUGAUUCAUUCUUCCUCGAUGUUCGCACCAGAGACUACAACCAUGGAGAACAUGGUAUCAGGGGAGAACUUAUAAAGGUUGUUAAGAGCAGGCCUUUUGGUGUUCUUUUAUUUGAAAAUGUUGAGAAGGCCAAUAAUAAUGCUAUUGAAAUUCUGCUUGACAUAUUGAGGCAUGGUAGACUGACAGACAGUCAGGGUGGCAAAGUUGACUUCACCAAUAUGUUGAUUAUCAUGACUUCAGAUGUUGUAAUGAAUAAUGUCCCCUUAUGGUGUUGCGAUUGUUUAGAGAAGGAUCAAUAUCGCCCCAUGAAGAGCAGGUUGAAACAUUAUUUUGACUCUUCAAGCGACCAUAUGUGUGGGUUCCUCCUUGCCUAUAUAGAGGCAGAUAAGUGGUUUAAAAGUGAGUUGCUUGAAGAAUUAGAUGAUGUUGUUGUUUUUAAUGGACUUUCUGAGCUACAGUGUCAUGUUAUUGCUAGGCUGCAGUUGAGGGAAUUAACCGAGGCGAUGAGACCAAGAAGGCUCAUUGUGUACCCAUCUGAAGCUGCAUUGCGAAGUAUUACCGGGAAGUCCUUUUGCCGUACAGCACGCAUAGAGGGUAUGAAGAUAUGGCUAAAGGAGAAUGUGGUCCCAGUGGUGUUUAAUAUGCUUUCAGAGAACAAGACAAGUGAUGGUAUUACCACCAUUUACAUUGAUACCCUAGUGGGAACAGAUGAACUAUCUUACAGAAUGGAGAAAAGUCCAGUGAAUUUUUUAGUUUUCACGCACUUCAAAGAAUCUUUGAAUGAGUUGAGAAUGAUGUACAAGAAAGAGAAAGAACACGCCUGCAAGAUAUACACCUUAAAAAGAAAGUAUUUUGAAUUGAUAACUAUGGAUUCUGAUGAAGAUUUGGUUCAUUUCAUGGAGGUGGUUCAAGAUUUAGUUGAUACAGUGGAUGAUAUUGUAGCAAAUACAGAUGUGAACUUUAUGUGCAAAAACUAUAGACUGACAUCAGUGAGCUUCUUAAAUCAGGAGGCAGAGGUUAGGCAGCGGGAGUUGGCGUCUGAGAGGGCUAGGAAUGAGGUGGAUGGUCUUCAAAAAGUACUGGACAUUAAUCUUGAUAGGAUCUAUCAAGCAGUUGAUGUUGUGGCAGAGGCUUUAUUGAGGACCAUUCAUGGACCUCAUGAUACGCUCCAUUAUCCUGCCAAGUCAUUUCUAAUAUUAGGUCUUACAAGUGCUGGUAAGGCAGAUCUUCUAAAAGGUCUUGUGGAGCUUUGUGCAGCCGAUGGGGGGACAUCUGUGAUUCUAAUCAAUGCAGAAGAACACCAAGAAUGUGACUCAUUUUUGCAGCUUAUGGAUGGAGCACUCUGGCAUGAUAGACAUGAGCAACAUGGUUUGGGGCUUCAAGAAGCUGUUAGGGUGAAACAAGGAUGCAUUAUCCUUAUUGAUCAGAUUGAAAAGGCUCACAUGUCUGUAUUCAGCACUAUACUUUCAAUGCUCGACCACAGUACUGUGGAAGACAGUCGAGGAAGAAAGAUUGAUUUCAGGGACACUGUUGUAGCCAUUAUUUCAGAUUUGGGAAACAGACCAAUUUUAUCACGCCUUGCAGGACAUGCUUAUGGUGGUAGUGUUCCGAGAGGCCGCAUGAAACAGGAUGGAAGGCCUUUCAGAACUGAGUUGCUGAAUCGGGUAGAUGAGACUCUCAUAUUUAAUCCCUUUGCUGAGAAGCAACUUAAAGAAUUUUCGAGGUUAUCAAUGAGGGUUGGGCGUCAUCUGGAAGGAGAACACUACGCAUUUUUCGAAGCAUUUUUUUGUCUGUUUAACUACACUAGUCGUUCAUUUUCUAAGAAGUGGCCAUGGACCGCACGGUUUGCAGUGUCCCAUCUCUCAAAGGAGCUCAUUGGUAAACGCAGCAAUAUUGUUUUGGUUAACAGAGGCAGGCUUUUAUCCUCUUUCAGUUAUGAUCAAGUCUGCGUGCAACCAUCCACAAAUUCAAAGGAGCUUAUUGGUAAUUGCAGCAGUUUUGUUUUCGUUAGCAGAUGUGGGCUUUUAUCCUCUUUCGGCGAUGAUCAAGUCUGCAUGGAACCAUCUACAAAUUCAAAGGAGCUCAUGGGUAAAUGCAGCAGUGUUGUUUUGGUUUAACAGAAGCCAUCUUUCAUCCUCUUUUGUUGAUGGUCAAAUCUGCACGCUACAUGUUACAAAUUUGCGUUGUCAAGUCAUAUAAAACUGAUACCCACGUAGAAGGUGGUCUGUAUAUAAUAUUAGUUCUACUAUCUGCAGUGAAUGUUUGAAAUAUACCUCUGUCAAUGUUCUCAACAGUAAGAGGGAAGAGAGAAAAUCAUUAUGAUGCAAUGCUUUAUUGUCAUGUCUCUAAUGAAUGAGUUUAAUAUUCAAUAAUUUUACCA